CAUUUCUCCAACUGUGAUUGGCUGACAAAAGUCCAAGAUGGCCGCGCCCGCAGAAAAAUAAAGGUUUCGCUAAUUUUUUCACCAUUUCUAAUCGCUUUUCACGGCUUUUAAAGAACGUACAGAGGAGAAAGAAGAAUAUUCAUAUAGAGGGAAUAGAUGGUAUUUUUAAAGUCUGGAAGGAAAUCUUUGUGGACGGUCGCAUUGCGAAGAAAACGCCAGAAACCCAAGGCCUCCGAAGUUUUGACUGCGCAUCUCAGGCAAGAGGACUGUCGACUUCCGCAUUGGACUUCGUAUUUUGUGAAGUACAGUUCAGUUCGGAACGACCAGUUCGCCAAGUCGCACUUUAACUGGCCGGUAGAUGGACAGAACUACCACAUACUGAGGACGGGCUGCUUCCCUUUCAUCAAAUAUCAUUGUACGAGACGGCCGUAUCAGGACCUUUCAGCUGAAGACAAGUUCUACACAGGUCUGAAGAUCAUCAACUUUGGGUUCCCCUGUCUCGCUUAUGGAAUCAGCGCAUGGUUUCUGGUGACGACAACCGAGGAUGUGAAAAUGCCGCAAGGAGUUGUCAAGGUUUACUUUUGGUACAAGGAAGAUCACAAUGCAAUGUCCUAAGACUAGUUGAAGUUUUCUACUGGUAUAUUUCAUUGCUGGGAUUGUUGCAAUUGAAAAGGAAACUGACAGACAUUGAUGUUUAGAAAUACUAAGUGAUAACAUC